AUGGCGCAGCAAGGCGGGGACGACGGCUGGGGCGUCAAGGUGACCACGUGGCACGCGAUCGCCAGCUGGACGUGGAACGCCGGGGACGACGUGUGCGGCAUCUGCCGCAGCCACUUCGACGGCUGCCCGCCAAACAUAAAGUACCCGGGCGACGACGCCCCAGUGGUGUGGGGCGCCUGCAAGCACGCGUUCCACCUGCCGUGUAUCUCCAAGUGGCUGGAGCAGCAAACGGAGCCGCAGUGCCCGCUGUGCCGGCGGGCCUGGGAGUUCAGCGGCGGGCCUGAGGGCGCGACGGGGGGGGGUGAGGGGCAGUGA